AUGGACGCGGAUUCCUGUGCCAGCUUCCUGCCGGCCUUUGAGCGCAUAGGGCGGGUGUGCCACGUGUACCUCACACCAUCUGACGUCUUCCUCCUGCACAACGUGCUCUCUGCUGAUGGCGUGCAGGCCAUCGCGCAGUUCCCCACAGGUGAGCUAUUCUCGGAGCAUCUCAUAAGCAGCGCCAGCGCCGAUCGCAUCGCCUUCUCUCUCGAUCUCUCGCUGCUCGCCCGCGCCCUGCGCUCCUCCCUCGCCACCGCCGCCACGCGCCACCAGCUCAAGCUCGUCAAGAAGAGCACCAACCCCACUGCUCCUGCGCUGCCCUUCCUUUCUCUCGAGGCCAAGGGCGAGCGGUCGAGCAUAGUGCAGGACAUCCCUAUCUCAACGCCGCUGCCGCGCUCGCAGCUCAACGAGCUGCAGGCUGGCAUCGACCUCGUGCACUCGCUGCCUGAGACGCUGGUGCAAUUACCUGACCUGCCAUCCCUACGCCACCUGGUGGAGCGACUACAGAGUGUGGGGGACGUGGCUGACGUGGCAACAAUGAGGAGCGGUGCGCUUGCCAUGCGCACCCACACGCCCUCCAUCACUGUUGCCGCCCAGUUCAAGAACCUUAAACAGUGGGGUGAGGGUAUGGGGGUUGCGGGUGUGGCCAACGUGCUGUCGCCCGAGCGGCUCCUGCAGCGCCCCUUCUACCUCCCCCCUGCUGCGGGUGCAGCAGUGGGGGGGGAGGGGAUCUGCAGCACCACCCCCCCCCCCCCCCCCCCCCCCCCUUCUCCUAUCUCCCCCUGCUACGGAUGCGGCAGUGGGGGGAGGGGACCUGCAGCACCAGCCCCCCCCCGCCCCCCCCCCUCCCCCUUUCUCCUCCACCCCUACUGCGGGUGCAGCAGUGGGGGGGAGGGGAUCUGCAGCAGCAGUGGGGGGAGGGGAUCUGCAGCACCAGCCCCCCCCCCCCGCCCCCCCCCCCCCCCCCCCCUUUCUCCUCCACCCCUGCUGCGGGUGCAGCAGUGGGGGGGAGGGGAUCUGCAGCAGCAGUGGGGGGAGGGGAGUUGCAGCAUCAGCACCCCCCCCCCCCCCCCCUCCCCCCACUUCUCCUCCAUCCCCCUGCAGCUGGUGCAGCGGUGGGGGGGAGGGGAUCUGCAGCCCUGCGCGCUCUGCUGCCCUGCUGCCCUGUGCGCCCCGCGCGCCCUGCAGCCCUCAGAGAGCCAGCAGAGUGGGGCGGGAGUGGGGGAGGGCAGCAGGCAAGGGGGGGGCGCAGAAGACGAUGCAGACAUAUCGGGGCUGUCCACGCGGCUUAGACAAAUGCAAGCGACAGGCGAUGCUACAGUCGUGUCAGUGAGUGUGAAGCACCUCGCCCGCAGCCUGCAGUGCUACCUCACCCGCCCCGAUGCCUCCUACUGCGGGGUGGCACCCAACGAGGCAUGUCUCCUCAUGAUCUUCCAAUACGCCGCCUCCCCAAUCAGCCUGCAGUACCGCCUGCCCCUCCUCGACCCGGGGUAG